UUCAGGAUGAGGUGAGAGGAUUCUGUUUGACGUUACUAAAGAUUAUUGUCCUAUAUAAAUCAUACCGGCCGUCGCCACCGGGUGGCGCUGCGGUGGCCUGACUGUGCUGCGUUCAGUGCCUGUCGGACACAGAGGAUGCUGCGGCCUGGCUGCUCCCGCUCAUCACAUCCAUCAUCUCCCCGGGUCGACUAGCAGCUGGUCCGCGUCAUGGCGGCGCCUGUCGCACGUUUCGACAGCGACUGGCCCGUUGUGGGUGAUUUUAGUCUGGAUUCGGAGCUCCCGCAGAAAGGCCACCUUGUGUCAGCGGAGCUGCUGCUGGAUGAUGAUCCGGACCGCAGCAGCUUUUCUCCGGCGGAUAGCGACGCGUUCCGCUCGUUCCGCUCGUUCCGCUCUACGGAGGAUCUAGUCAAAGACUUCGAUGAGAAGUUAUCGGUGUGUUUUCAGAAUUACGAAGCGACGACCGAAAGCUUCUCUCCUGUGACUGUUAUCUCCGAGGACACGGUGUUGGAGACAGACGAAAUUUGGUCGGCUUUGACCAGUAAAUUUGGUCACGUGAUGCCAGUGGACUGGAAACGGUCUCGGACACGCUUCCUCCACAUUCCCGUAUUCAACCUGGAGGACACACCCAGAAAUCGUGAUGUCACGGCAGAGCCGCUGGACGAUGAGGAGCUGAGGGAGCAGCUGGACACGCACUCCAUUAUCGUCUCCUCUCUUGCUGAGGAGCCCCUCUUCACUGCAGAGCAGGUUAUUGAAGAGUUAGAAGAAAUGAUGCAGGAUUCUCCUAACAUGGACACUGGGCAGGAUCCCUCUCAGUCGUACCUGUCCAUGAUGUCCCUGGGCGUCCUGCGGUCCAACUUCAGCCCCGGCUUCAAGGAGAGAGUGAGGGUCCUGAGCGUCGCAGAGCUGAACGAGCGCCUGGAGGGAACGGAGACGGUGAUCAGGAGGUUAUCUGAGGAGCUGGUGGUCCAUCUGGCUCUGAGGGACGAGCUGGAGUUUGAGAAGGAGGUGAAGAACAGCUUCAUUUCGGCGCUCAUCGAUGUCCAAAACCGGCAGAAGGAGCACCGUGAAAUGCUGAAGAAAAACAAGAAGCUGAAGGCUGGAGCUGGGACCUCUCAGGGCUACACAUCAGUUAGUACGCGCUUCAGAGUGAACCGACUCUCCUCUGUCAUUCAAAACAGUUUCUGGCAAAAAUUUGGGAGCGGGUGUCCUGACAAACAGUUCUUGACCACGGUCAUCCCGUAUGAGAAGAAAGGAUGUCCUCCUUCUAUUCAGGACCUCCAGAUUCUGACAAAGAUUCUUCUCGCAAUGAGAGACGAGAGCGACAAGGUGCCCAGCCUCUUAACUGACUACAUUCUCAAAGUGCUUUGUCCGACAUAGUGCAGACAGAUGGAGCCUGAAGCUCUGCACAGACUUCACAGUGAGCCCACAGGAACAGGAUUCUUUCUAUUUGUUGUUGUACAGUACAUUUCGUUUGUUUUUUGUUUUUCUUGCAUUUUUUCCCUUUCCAUUUUUUCCUCUCUUCUGUGCUUCUUUUAACAUUUUUUUUUUCAUUUUGUGCCACACUUCAAGAUU